AGUGGGGGGCGCGGAGCUCUGCGCUCAGACGCAGCCGGCUGCUGGCUGGGGAGGGCGCUCGGCGGCGGCGCAGCUCCGAGCCCGGUCCCGGUUCCCGGUCCCCGGCAUGGCCCCGCAGGGCAGGUGGCUGCGAGCCGGCGUCUGGCUGCUGGCCUGGGCGGCUGCGUGCGGGGUGCGGGCCACCGGCUGCCCCGCGCUCUGCACCUGCAGCGGCACCACCGUGGACUGUCACGGCACCGGGCUCCGGGGCGUCCCCAAAAACAUCCCCCGCAACACGGAGCGAUUGGAACUGAACGGGAACAACAUCACCCGGAUCAACAGGAACGACUUCUCGGGGUUGAAGCAGCUGCGUGUCCUGCAGCUGAUGGAAAACCAGAUCAACGCGGUGGAGCGGGGAGCGUUUGACGACAUGAAGGAGCUGGAGCGGCUACGGAUGAAUCGGAACCAGCUGCACACACUGCCGGAGCUUCUGUUCCAGAACAACCAGGCCCUGUCGCGACUGGACCUGAGCGAGAACCUCCUCCAGGCUGUGCCGAGGAAAGCCUUCCGCGGAGCCACCGACCUGAAGAACCUACAGCUGGAUAAGAACCAGAUCGGCUGCAUCGAGGACGGGGCCUUCCGCGCGCUGCGGGGCCUGGAGGUUCUGUAAGUGGGGUGGGCACGGGGCGCUCCGCGUCUCUGGGGGGCGCGGGCUGGAUUCGGAGCCGUGAGUUCGGCUGUCCUGGGGUGGGGAGUCUCCAGGUGCCAGCUCCGGGAACAGGCUGUCUGGGGUGGCCAGCCCGGCCAAGCCUCGCUGAGCAAACCGGGGCCAGUGUUGUGGGCCUUGCUAGCCAGGGGUGUGACCCGCUCUCUCCUUGUCCCGCAGAGCGGGUGCCCCUUUGGGCAGCCCCUCCCCUCCCCGGCAGGGGGGCAGACAGCCCGCGUUUAAGCUCUGUCCCAGCUGUCCCGACUUUUUUGAAAAAAAUGGAGAGAAAAUUGGCCAUUGGUCCCGUUUGCUCUUCCCAGCGGAUCAGCUGGCAGGAGCACACAUAACUGCCCGCUCCACCAAACAGUCGGGCA